AUGUUUUAUGAUGAUGCCGAGUCUUCGCUGCCAGCAUCGUGGCGAGCCUCUGGCAGAAUGAAAACAAAUCGAUCAGUUGUUUCAGCACUGUCGCUUAUAUUAUGUUCUAUGAUUUUAACAAAUCGCAUAAGCAGUGGACUUAUAAGUGGUGGUAAAAGAUAUGACCCUAAAAAAUAUCCGUACGUAGUGACUAUUAAAACAAUACCUAAGAAUAAUCCUAAAACUUCGUUUCAUUGCACUGGCUCAUUGCUAAACGAAUUGUACGUGUUGACCGCUGCUCAUUGUGUUUUUGGUGAAAAAAGUAAUGCGGUUACAGUAUAUCAAGGAUCGUAUUUGAAUAAUAAAGUUACUCGAAGGGUUGCUGAGAUUCAUGUACACAAUGAUUAUAAACCAGAACUGAAUGCGUAUGGAGAUAUUUGUGUGUUGAAACUAAAAAGCGGAUUCCCGAAUCUCAAGACAUUUAUAGAAAUUGGUGGCGAGCCUAAAGAGUUUGCCGAUCUUAAAGAAGUGAAAUGUGUAUGUAUUGGAUUUGGUGUAAAAGAUAAAAAUCAUACUGAUGGUUCGGAAGGAUAUAUUAUAGAGGCUCUUGUCAGACAUGGCAGAACCGCUUGUGGAGACUACGAAGCGUAA